AUGGGAACAUAUCAAACUAAUUUGAAUAUUGACAAUACCGAAUCAUUAUCAUCUCAAUCGUCCUCGUCGGCAUCGGCAUCAGCAUCUGCGUCAGAAUCAUCAUCACUAUCCCUGUCUUAUCGAUUCAAUGAACAAUUGGCUAAUCAUUAUAAUGAGGAAGACAAUCAAUCAAUCAUUAUUCAUCAUGCUUCAUUAAAUUUACUGGAUAAAAUAAACUCGUCAACACUGCCAACAACCACAAAUACUGAUGUAACAAAAAGGUUUUCAUUUUCCAAUGCUCCUUUAGAUCAAUCAUUAAAUAUGAUUCAUCACAAUAAUAAUAAUAAUGAUAAAAAUGAUCAAUUGGAUGGAACUUACGAUUUGAAUCCUUUAUCUUUGCUGGAAAGUGCAUGUUCACUAGCCUGUGAUUAUUCACCUUUAUUUGCAUUGACAAAUUCAUUGCAUCAUUUUAAACCGGACACAUUGAUUACUAGUUCUUCUUCUUCAACAACGCUAACAACUCAGACGACUACCAGUACGACGUCGACUAUUUCUAGUAGUAGUAGUAGUACUACUACUACUAAUACUACUUCUAGUUAUUGCCAACCUAAAGAUUUACAAAUAAUCAAUAAAAAUAACAGACGUCAUACAGGAGGAGUAAGAAAUCGUUUGAAAUCUACCAUAAAAAAUCAACCGCUCUUUUCAAAUCCUACGAAACAUUUCAUUGGUCUACCAUCUUGUGAUAAUAUCGAUAUUAAUAGUAAUCAACAAUCAAUAACAUGGUCGAAUGAUCUCAAUAGUAAUCGUAGUGAACAUUUACUUCAACAGCAUGAUUUACCAUUAUCCUUAUUUACAAAUAAUUCCGAAAUGAUCACAACAUCACUAUCACAAAAUCUUUUAAAAUCAAACAAUAUGAAUAGUCAUACCAUGAAUUAUACUACUACUGAUAUAUUGUAUAAUAGUAGUAUUAGUAAGACAAUGGACAAUAUCACUAAUUCUCAUGUUAUCAUCAAUGAUAAUAUUCAUUGGUUACCACCAACUAAUAAAACUAGUGGAAAAGAUUACAAUCCAUUGUGUAUAAAUGAUCAGUUAAUGAAUUUCACAAAAUUUUCUCCAUCAUCAAAUCCUGAAAAUUAUCAUUUACAAUAUACAGAACCAAGAAAUUGUGAAAACAACGCUGAACCACAUCGAUUCGAUGCAGAAUUGUUGAUAAAGUGGAGAGGUAAUGAAACAAACUAUCAUGAAAGCAGUAAUAAUAAUAAUGGUAAUAAUAACAACGAAUACUUUAACAUUGACAAUCGACAUCAAACAACUACCACUCAAAAUUAUUUAGACACAAAUAAAAACAAUUUAUCAACCAGAGUCUAUAAUGAAGACUUGGCAUUACAGAAAACAAAUGAUUUACACAAUAGUUUACUUCAUUGCAAUACCAGUAGUGAUGAAGUAUGUGAAAAGAAGACAAAACAAUCUAUAGUAAAUUUACAAGAAAAAAGUCCUUCAGAAAUAACACAUAAAAAACAUGCCAAUUAUUAUGAGAAAAAAAUGAAAACAUUUCAUUUACAACAGAAAAACAUGGAAAACAAUGAUGAUGAUCAACGCAGGGAUGCUUUAUAUGAUGAUUCAAUGAAUACGGCUUAUUUCAAUAAUUCAGCUGAUUCAAAAAUGGAUUUGAACAGAAUUCAAACAUUUGUAAAACCCGCCGAAAAAUUGCUGCAUUAUUCAAUGUCCAAUAACGAUAAUUUGUCCAAUUUCACAAUCUGUUCAACGCCAAACUUAUUUACAAUGACUAAUUUAAAUAAUAAUAAUAAUACAAGUCAAAUAUUAGGUAUAACCAAUAUUUCUAAUUCAAAUGUAAAUACUGAUCAGAUAAGAAUGAUUUCAAAUGAAUUUCAAAAUAAUCUUGAUACAUCCCUACAUAGUUUAGCACAAACUACACCAACAGAUUCAUCAAUACAAAUGAAUGAAAUGAAUUUCAACAAUCAAACAUGUAAUUAUUUAUCUCCAGUACAAUCUAAUGAAUGGAUCGAUUCUAAGAUAUCAAAACAUUUAAAUAUUGACCAGACACUGUCAUCAUCACCAUUCACUACAAUAACAUCAAUAAUAUCAAGGAAUACACCAUUGAAUUCUUGGAAUUUAGAUAAUCAUGAAAAUUUGCAAUUUUUAGAUAAUUCAUCACAAAAAUUAUUUCAUCCUAAUGAUCAUUUAAAUAAAACAGAUUACUAUGAUCCUCAAUUGAAUGAAACUUAUCUACCUACAUAUAUGAAUUCGAAUCAAGCAUCUAUUUACUGGCAACAACAACAACAACAACGAGAUCAUUCGGACGAACAUGAACUAAGUCAACAUAAUCAACAAGUUAAUUUAUUCAAUCUAACAAACUCCUUAACGAAUAUUUCACAAUCAACAGAUUUAAACAAGGAAUCAUCACUACAACAGAAACAUGAAUUCAAAUCGUCUAAUAUGAUAUUGCCAAAUCCUGUCAAUGAAUUAGUAACUGUAUAUAAUAAUAAUAAUAAUAAUAAUAGUAAUAAUAAUGAUAAUAUAAAUCCAGUUGUAAAUAAAAAAUCAAAUCUUCACUCUACAUACGAUGAGAAUCAAUUCAAUACACUUUUACAUAUCAAUUCGAAUUUCAUGGAAUCUUCAUCAUGCUUGUUUAAUUCGUUAGUAUACAAUCAAAAUUCAAUUGAUUUUACAACUAAUAACAAUAAUAUUAAUGAUAAUAAUAAUAAUAAUAAUAAUAAUGUUGUCUAUCAUAUGAAUUCCAUAUCAGAAUCCACUCCUACAUUAAAUGAUCACAUAUCAAUUGAUUCUUCAUUGUCAACACUACCAAUCUCAUCCUCGUCCCCUUCAUUAUCAUCCGCAUCGUCAACAUCGUCAUCAACAUCAACAACAACAAAUAUAUUCAAUGGAAUGUUACAACAACUAACAUUACCAUCGAAUUCACUGUCAUCCAUAUCGACAACUUCGUCGAUUGCACUGACCAACUCAACAAAUCAUCCAGGUAAAUUAUUUACUAAUUCUGCACGUCAAAACUACCAGUCAUCAAAUCGAUUAUCGGAUGAAUUAAUCCAUAUGACCGAAUCCUAUUCACCAUCUUCUUCCACGUGUAUUCUACCACAGUUGCGCGGAUUCAAUGAAUCUUUAACAACAAUGAAUGGUAUUGAUUAUUUUCCUAGUAAUAAUAGUAAUAAUAAUAAUAAUCGAACUGAUGAAAUCAUACAUACAAAUAUACUUGUCAGCACCAAUCAUCAUAACAAUUCCAUCACAAAUGAUAACAACAGUAAUAAUACUACUAAUACUACUAACAACAAUAAUAAUAAUAGUAGUAGUACAAUCAUUUCUGGAACAAGUGAAUAUCCAUCAGCGGAUGAUUUAGAAAUAUUUGCAAAAAUGUUUAAACAACGUCGAAUUAAACUAGGCUAUACACAAGCUGAUGUCGGUCUGGCGUUAGGUACAUUAUAUGGGAAUGUAUUUAGUCAAACAACAAUAUGUCGUUUUGAAGCAUUGCAAUUAUCAUUUAAAAAUAUGUGUAAAUUAAAACCAUUAUUACAAAAAUGGUUACAUGAAGCAGAUUGUUCCACUGGUACAACUAAUAAUCUUGACAAAAUCACUACACAAGGACGUAAACGUAAAAAACGGACAAGUAUUGAAAUUGGUGUGAAAGGUAUAUUAGAAAAUCAUUUUAUGAAACAACCAAAACCAUUAGCACAAGAUAUUAUCCAAUUAGCUGAUGUAUUAGGUUUGGAAAAAGAAGUUGUACGUGUAUGGUUUUGUAAUAGACGACAAAAACAGAAACGUUUAAAUCCUUUAUUACUUGGUUCUGCGUAUGAUUCAAAUGAAGAUGAUAGUACGUGUAGAAGUGAGAAUAAUGAUGACAGUUAUGAAGAUGAUGAUGAUGAUGAUGAUGACGAUGAAGAUGACGAUGAUGAUGAGGAAGAGGAACAGGAGGAACGGCAGGAAGCGGCAGCAGAUACAGAAGGAAAUAAUCAAUUGGGAAUGAAUAAUAAUAAUAACAAAGAUAAUCUAUGCAAUAACAGUACUAAUAACAAUCACGAUGAAAAACAUCUUGAUAUGCCUAUGAAAGAAAAACAAACUACCAUUAAUCAUAUCGGUGAUAAUGAGAUGAACUACAGGAAAUCAGAGAACAUUCUAGAAAAUGAACAUAGUCUAUUUGAACAUGAGCAUCAUCAUUCCGAUCUGUGUGACAAUCAAUCAUUAAGACGUAGUUCAAUCAUAAAACGUACUAAACGUCGCCUGAACCAGUCACUUACUCCUAUCAGCGUAAAUUGUAAUUAUACCAAUGAUCAAUCAUUAAUUAAUUCUGUUCGUCAUUUAUAUGGAACAACAACACCAUGUUCAUCAUUGCUGUUACUGUCGUCCACAUCAUCGCCAUCCUCUUCAAUGUCAGGAAUUAUGCCAUCAUCUUUAUUGCCUUCAGUGCAUUCUACAUUUCAUGUAACUAAUUCAAAUCAACUUUUUCCUUCUAACUAUUCUACUUAUGAUAUGAAUCAUCAUACGCCAUUACAUAACAUGUCGUUUAAUGAUACACAGCAAACUUUGAUUAAUACAGAUCCUAUUCUACAAAAAUAUCCAUAUAUAAUGACAGAUAAUGAAAAUAUAAUUGACAAUAAAAUAACUCAUGAAUUGUUAAAUUUACCAUUGAAAUCAUUCAAUAUACAUUCUAAUGCUACCACUACUACUACCACUACAACUACUACUAGUAUUAAUAGUAGUAGUAUUACUCCUACGAAUUCAUUGUAUGAUUCUUGUGGAUUAUUGAAUGACAACAAUCAGUCAAUGGAUUAUUUAAUGAAAGAACAAUUAUCAAACAUUAGUAGUUGUAAUAAUAAUAAUAAUAAUCAUAAUAAUAAUUUAAACUUUAAUCAACACCAUGUCAAUGUAAUCACAUCCAGUGAUGUGACAUCGUCAUUUCAUACGAAUCAUCUUCAUCAUCAUCAUCAUCAUCAUCAUGAUCAUCCUACGAAUACAUUAGAUUUGCUGAAUUAUAAUCAACGUUUAGAAGAUCAUCUAUCCAAUUUGUCAACAAUCCCUAUGACAUCAUCGUUGAAUAAUCUGACUGAUUUAACUGAACUAUCCACAUAUCCUCCACAUGAUGAGUCAAUGAUGACUAGAAGUAAUCUAUUGACUGAGACAAAUCUACUGUCAAAUUGUAUCAAUGAUCCGAUGAAUUACUCGACAGGCAUGGAUAUCAAUUUAAAUGGAUAUCAUACUGAACCAGUGGUAACAACGUCAACAACAACAUCAGCCGCAGCCACAGCCACAGCGUCGACACUCACAUCAUCAAUCAUUCCAAAUAGUUUUAUACAUUCAAGAAAUUCUAAUACCAUGAUGAUUGAAUGUAAUAACAACGCAAUGAUGAAUGAUAAUCCCUUGAUUUAUUUUCAUCAAUCACAACAUCAGUAA